AUGACAGAUGGAAGGAACAGCGACAAGAUCGCGACGAUAAACGUAAGAUGCGACGACGUCGACGACGACGGCCCCGCGGACCUCGAGAGGGCGUUAUCGAAGACAGGUUUCGGCGCGUUCAACGUGUUGCUUCUCCUGGCAGCGUUGCCGGUCGCCUGGACCGGGAUCUUCGACACGACCACGACCGCCUUCGUUCUGGCUUCGGCCGAGUGCGAUCUUGCUCUCACGUUUUUUCGUAAAGGCGUUCUGGUGGCGUUCCCCUUCGUAGGCACAAUUCUAACCAGUUUCCUGUGGGACCAUGUCACCCCUUACGUCGGGGCGAGGAAUCUGUUCGUUCUCGGGCUUCUGGUGGACACCGUUCUAAACAUUCUCAGCAGCGUCGUCGAUUCGUACCAUGUGUUCCUAACGAUCAAAUUCCUCAGCGGUGUUCUCGUCGGUGGUCCGUUCUCGAUGGUGUUGCAGUACUUGUCGGAAUUUCAUUCGGCGCAGUACAAAGCGAGCUACGCCAGAUGGGCAGGUCUAGCCGUGAACGCGGCGAUUGUCGUACCAGCAGUCGUUGCUUUUUCGGUUUUGCCGCAACCCUGGAUCGUUGAAAUCUUCUAUCGGCAGUACAACGCCUGGCGACUUUACCUGCUGAUCUGCUCCGUCGUUCCGUUGAUCGGUCUCCUCACGGCCUGCACGUUACCGCAAUCGCCCAAGUAUCUCGUGGAUAUCGGCAGGCCUGACCAAGCCUUGGAACUCCUUCGAAGGAUGUAUACCAUCAACAAGUGGAAGUCGGCCGAUUCGUAUCCGAUAAAAGCGAUCCUCGGAUGGCGGAACGCGCAGCUAUCGCGUCGGUCUUUUCUCAAGGAGAAUUCCGAGAAAAUACGGCUCGCCUCCUACAACGCGAAACUAUUGUUCUCCGCGCCGUAUCUGCGCGCCGUCUCCCUUCUCGGUAUCCUACAAUUCGGCAGCUCGUUGGCAUUCAACACGAUGAGGCUUUGGGUGCCGCACCUUUUUAUUAUUUUGAACAACUUCGACAACGAGUCAUGGACCGAGAACAGAGCGCCGACCAUGACGGAGAUGUUGAAUCGUCGAAAUUCGGUGCCCGCCAAAGAAUACUUGAGCUGCCCGUACUUCGAAGAUAUCUGCAUUAAGUGGACAAUCAAAGCGAUGGUGUAUCAAAACUCCGCCAUCAUCGCGUUCUCGACGGUGGUCGUAGCGUUUCUCGCUGGAACGAUAACCAACUCCGAUUGCCGAAAGAAGACACUGUUACUUGUCGGUCUUCUGAUAUCCGUGGGUAGCUGCUUCGGAAUCAACUGGGCACAGGCUCCUCCCUACAUGCUGACGUUGGCUGCAGCAAUUAUCGUCACGUCGAGAGUGGCGCUAAACAUCGUAACCGCGGUCAAUGUCGACGUCAUCCCUGUUCCAUUAAGAGCUACCAACGGUACCGUGCUCACGACCCUCGGGAAUGUUGGAGCUAUUCUCGGAAAUAUCAUCUUUUCGACCUUGUUGGACCUAGAGCCCAUCGCCGCGUUCAUUGGUCUGGGUUGUCUGAUGCUUGCUUGCUCCAUCGUGUCCUUCGCGCUACCAAGACCCGUCAAGGCGUUACAGGUUCUCGACGGAACUAAAGCGUGACCCGUGAUAACGAGAAAGUUGUGCCGAUGUCAAAAUCAACGAGAAAACAACCCCAACAUCUCUCUUUCCCGCAACAACCAAGUGUAGAAGGAGUUUCGCUGCAUCUGCUCGACGAUGGAACCGUCCGAAUAACAUG